GCUCCCAUUCCUUCUGUUUUUUUUAGUGGGUUUGCUCUGCAAGGGAUUCACCAGUAUGAUGUUCUUGUUUACAGCCACCUUGACCAUCCUGGCACUCACUUCCCUGGACCAGGUGGAUUCUUCAGCCUAUGACAAGAUAGUCACACACAGUCGCAUCAGGGCUAAGAAGGAAGGGCCCAAUGUGUGCGCUUUACAGCAGGUCAUGGGGACGAAGAAAAAGUACUUCAGCACAUGCAGGAACUGGUACAAGAAAUCCAUCUGUGGCAAGAAGGCGAUGAUAUUAUAUGAGUGCUGCCCAGGUUAUAUGAAGUUAGAUGGGAUGCGUGGUUGCCCUGCAGUGGCCCCUAUCGACAGUGUUUAUGGCACCCUGGAUCUGGUGAAAGCCAAGAUCACCCAGCAAUACGCUGACCAAUCAAAACUGAGAGAAGAAAUCGAGGGAGCAGGAUCUUACACAAUGUUUGCUCCGAGUGACGAUGCCUGGAAAGAGUUAGAUCCUGCAUUGAAAGCAGCCAUGGUCAGCAGUGGAAACACUGAGCUUUACAAUGCACUUCACUAUCACAUGGUCAACAAACGGCUUGUAACUAAGGACCUGAAGAAUGAUAUGACCCUGAAAUCCAUGUAUAACAAACAAGGCCUUUAUAUCAAUCACUACUCGAAUGGAGUUGUCACUGUGAACUGUGCCCGGAUUAUUCACGGCAACCAGGUGGCCACUAAUGGAGUUGUGCAUGUCAUUGAUCGGGUCAUCAGCCCCAUAAGCCAAACGAUAAAGGAUGUGAUCGAAAAAAAUGAUCAGCUGACUACACUGAACACAGUUGCUGUGAAUUCGGGUCUCCAGAACCAACUGAAAGAGCCCGGUCACUACACACUAUUUGCUCCAACCAACGAGGCCUUUGAUAAACUAAACAGCGAUGUCCUGGAGAGACUUAUGAGCGACACAACUGUACUUCAAGCCCUUUUGCAGUACCACCUCCUGAACUCGGCGCAGUGCUCUGAGGCCAUUAUGGCCGGCUCCAUCUACGAGACUCUUGAGGGCAGUAAUAUUGAGAUCGGGUGCGAUGGUGAGAGCCUUACGGUCAAUGGUAUCAAGAUGGUGCUGAAGAAGGACAUUGUCACCAGCAAUGGGGUCAUUCAUUUGAUCGACCAGGUCCUCAUGCCUGACUCGGCCAAGCAGGUGAUGGAGCUUGUGGGCAAAUCUCAGAGCACUUUUGGUGACAUGGUGUCCGAGCUCGGCCUCUCUGCAGCCUUACAGCCUGAGACUGAGUAUACUCUUCUCGCCCCACUGAAUGGAGCCUUCUCCGAUGAGGUAAUGUCCAUGGAUCAGCGUCUCCUGAAGACUAUUCUGGAAAACCACAUCGUGAAAUUCAAGGUCUCUCUGAACGAACUCUACAACGGCCAGAUGCUCGAGACCCUUGGAGGAAAACUGCUCCGAGUCUUUAUUUAUCGCACGGCUGUGUGUAUUGAGAAUGCAUGUAUGGUCAGAGGCAGCAGAGAAGGCAGUAAUGGAGUCCUUCAUCUCAUGAGGUCCCUGAUCCAGCCACCCCAGGCGACCAUCUAUGAGCUGCUCUUGAACGACGGACGAUUCAAAAUCUUCCUGUCUCUGAUGGAGAGUGCUGGACUGACAGACCUGCUGAAGCAGGAGGGAUCGUACACACUCUUUGCUCCUAUCGAUGCUUCCUUUGGCACACUGACAGAGGAUGACAUCACUCUUUUAAAAAGUGACAUGAACGCGCUCAGGACAAUCCUGCUCUACCAUUUUAGCAAUGGCAUCUUUAUUAAUGGAGGACUGGAGGGUGGAGUGACUAAUCUUCUCAAGACCAUACAGGGCAACAACCUUCAAGUGCAGUCUGUUAACAACUCCAUCCAUGUAAAUUCAGUGGAGGUUCCAGAUUUUGAUCUUAUGGCAUCCAAUGGAGUGGUCCAUGUAGUGAAGACUAUACUAUAUCCACAAGAUCUGCCAGUUGGCAGUGAAGACAUAUUGAUUGUGCUGAAGAGACUCAUCAAAUACAUGCAGCUGAAGUUUGAAUCUGGAUUCACCUACCGUGAGAUUCCACUUACAUUCAUCAGGAGGACUAUAACUACACAUGUCAUUGAGAAAGGUCCCGAGAUCAAGGUCACAAGAGUUGUUGAAGGAGAACCAAGCAUCACCAAAGUUACAAGAGUGGUUGAAGGAGAACCAAGCAUCACAAAAGUUACAAGAGUGGUUGAAGGAGAACCAAGCAUCACCAAAGUUACAAGAGUGGUUGGAGAGCCAAGAGUCGCCAAAGUUACAAGAGUGGUUGGAGAGCCAAGAGUCGCCAAAGUUACCGGAAUACUUGAAGGAGAAACAAGCAUCACCAAAGUUACAAGAGUGGUUGAAGGAAAGCCGUCUGUUUCAAAGGUCACAAGGGUCAUUGAAACUCACAGUGCCUCAUCCGAUGGUGAAAUUGAUGCUGAGGGAGAACUCAAGAGAAUCAUGGGUGAAGAUAUAACCAAGCAUCAGACGUUUCAGAGUGGUGACGUACACAUGCUCCAGGAGGAAGACAUCAGACAAAUCACUGACGCAAUCUCUCAGGGAGGUGGACCAGGCAUCACCACUAUAACUAGAGUAAUCAAACCAGAGCCCAAGGUUGUUGAAAGCGAACCAGGGAUCACCACUUUAACCAGAGUAAUCAAAAAAGAGUCUCAGAUCACUGACGGUGCAUCAGGGGAAACCAGUAUUACCAGAGUAAUUAAACCAGAACCACAGAUCAUUGAAGUUCCAGAUUUCUCAAAGAUUGUAUCUUUGAAGGACAAUCCAGAUCUCUUUGAAUCAGAAACUGAGAGAAUCAGCAGAAUCAUUAAGGAGGGGCGUUUUAAAAAACGAGCCGCCAUCAGACAACCACAAGGAUCAAGACGAAGAAUGCGACUGGUCAGGCGUCACUCCAAACCAAGACAAUGAGAUGAAUGGACGCUCACUGUACCUGGAGAUCCAGCUUUAAGGGACGGUUUGGAGUAAUUUCAACCCUGGGUCCUUUGUACCAUGACCUCGAGCCAAAGUUAAAGUUAGAGCUUAUUGAGAGAUAUCAGCCGAAUGGCUUAGUGCAGGCGCUAGUGGAUCCAAGGUUGUAUCUCAUAAAUUAUUCCACUAUAAUAAUGCCUGGAAUACCAAAUUUGUACUGUAGCUUAAAUAGGUUUAACCUUGGAUCCACUAGCGCCUGCACUAAGCCAUUCGGCUGAUAUCUCUAAAUAAGCUCUAACUUUAAUAAUGUUCGACCAAGGGGAAAAAAAAAAGCUUCUGGGGGAUGUUUGGCUCGAGGUCUUGGUGCAAAGGACCAAUUACUCUGAGCCAUCCCUUUAAAUGAAAGACAGUGUUGUAGGACAGUGUGUUUGUCCUGAAAAUACACUUUUGCUACAAACCGCAUUGAAUGUUUACACUUUACAAACCAACGCAGUAAUAUCUUGGAUCUGUGUGGCAAACACCCCACUUCAACUCAGAUAAGGGGUACAUGAAAUGGUGGUGGUUACAAAGAGACGUUGCUCCUUUUUUUCCAGCUGUUUAUAUUGUUUCUUUGAAUAUAUACUGUACGAGUCUUGUCAUUGAGCUUUUGGUGCUUGCAUUCCGACACAUGAAUGCAGAUUUUAACUGUCCAUUAUUCAGCUGAAGUUCAUUUUUAUGAAUUCAUUCACUUCAAACUUUUUUUUUUCAUAGACAAGACUUUUCAUUUGUACAAAUUAAAAUCAUCAUCACAUUGAAAUAAGCCUCAAUGUAGCUAAAAUAAAUCAAUAAAACAAUUUCAUUUUAAAAGACAA